AUGUGCAAGGAGUACGGAAAGAUGAUGCCCGAGGGACAGCUGGAGGACGAGUCUUCAAGUCAUGAAUGUAACCAGCGCACAAUCCUUCUCUACGGAGUUGGCAAGGAGCGCGACAAAGCCAGGCAUCAGCUGAAGAAGAUCACCAAAGACAUCCUGAGGGUCCUCAACAAGAAGAGCACCACGGAGCCUGGGGUCGGGGACGAAGGACAGAAGGCCAGGAAGACCAAACAGGAAGCAUUUCCAACACUGGAGACGGUGUUCACAAAACUCCAGCUCCUUUCAUACUUUGACCAGCACCAGGUGACAUCCCAGAUCUCUAACAACGUGCUGGAGCAGAUCACAAGCUUCGCCUCAGGGACGUCCUACCACCUCCCUCUCGCUCACCACAUUCAGCUCAUCUUCGACCUCAUGGAGCCGGCACUGAACAUCAACGGACUCAUUGACUUCGCCAUACAGUUACUGAAUGAGCUGAGUGUUGUGGAAGCUGAACUGCUCCUAAAAUCCUCCAGCCUGGCCGGAAGUUAUACGACGGGACUGUGUGUCUGCAUCGUGGCUGUUCUCAGGCGGUACCACAGCUGUCUGAUCCUGAAUCCUGAUCAGACAGCCCAGGUGUUUGAAGGGUUGUGUGGCGUCGUAAAGCACGUCGUAAACCCCUCCGAAUGUUCUUCCCCUGAACGGUGCAUCUUAGCCUACCUCUAUGACCUCUACGUGUCGUGUAGCCACCUCAGAAGUAAAUUUGGAGACCUCUUCAGUAGUGCCUGUUCAAAAGUAAAGCAAACCAUAUACAAUAACGUGGUGCCUGCAAAUUCCAACUUGCGAUGGGAUCCUGACUUCAUGAUGGAUUUUAUUGAGAACCCUGCCGCCCGCAGCAUCAACUACUCUGUGCUGGGCAAGAUCCUCAGCGACAGCGCUGCCAGCCGCUACAGCUUCGUGUGCAACACCCUCAUGAAUGUAUGCAUGGGCCACCAGGAUGCUGGGAGGAUUAACGACAUAGCCAAUCUCUCCUCUGAGCUCACUGCAUGUUGCACAGUCCUCAGCUCAGAGUGGCUGGGGGUCCUGAAGGCCCUGUGCUGUUCUUCAAACCACGUGUGGGGCUUUAACGAUGUGCUUUGCACCGUUGAUGUGAGUGACCUUUCAUUCCAUGAUUCAUUAGCUACUUUCAUUGCUAUUCUGAUAGCACGACAGUGUUUCUCCCUGGAGGACGUCGUGCAGCACGUCGCACUUCCCUCUCUCCUAGCUGCAGCUUGUGGAGAUGCAGACGCGGAGCCCGGGGCCAGGAUGACAUGCCGACUCCUGCUCCACCUCUUCCGAGCUCCCCAAGCCUGUCUCUUGCCACAAGCAGCGGGCAAACCUUUCCCUGGAAUAAGAUCAUCAUGUGAUAGACACCUCCUAGCCGCUGCUCACAACAGCAUCGAAGUAGGAGCCGUAUUUGCUGUCUUAAAAGCCAUCAUGAUGCUUGGAGAUGCCAAAAUUGGCAAUAACAAUGUCAGCUCUUUAAAGAAUGAUGACUUCACCAUGAGGGGUUUUCGGCGCGAUGGGAAUGCUGAGGAGAUCUGGACCGCCUCACAGACCUCAAAACCCUGCGGGAAAAACAUUUCCAUAGAAACCGCCAAUCUGAGGGAGUACGCGAGAUAUGUGCUGAGGGCCAUCUGCCAGCAGGAAUGGGUAGGCGAGCACUGCUUAAAAGAACCCGAAAGGCUUUGUACAGACAAGGAGCUCAUCCUGGACCCUGUGCUCUCGAACAUGCAGGCACAGAAGUUACUGCAGCUCAUCUGCUACCCCCAUGGCAUCAAGGAAUGUGUGGAGGGGGACGACAUGCAAAGACAGCACAUCAAGCGUAUCCUGCAGAAUCUUGAGCAGUGGACAUUGAGGCAGUCAUGGCUGGAGCUUCAGUUAAUGAUCAAACAGUGCCUGAAGGACCCUGGCUCUGGUUCCAUGGCUGAAAUGAACAACUUGCUGGACAACAUUGCAAAGGCAACAAUUGAGGUCUUCCAGCAGUCUGCCGACCUGAGUAACAGCUCCUCUAACCCUGGUGUGAGCCUUUUCAACCCCAGCACAAUUGGGAGCACUGAGUCCAACAGCGCGAGGCGAAGUGGAGCAAAGACAUUCCUGAGUUCCUCUGAACGCAGGGGCGUGUGGCUGGUGGCCCCUCUCAUUGCCAGACUGCCAACCUCCGUGCAGGGCCGUGUGUUGAAGGCUGCCGGGGAGGAGCUGGAGAAGGGGCAGCACUUGGGCUCUUCCUCCAAGAAGGAAAGGGACAGGCAGAAGCAAAAAAGUAUGUCUCUACUGAGUCAACAGCCUUUCCUCUCACUGGUCCUAACCUGUCUGAAGGGACAGGACGAGCAACGGGAAGGCCUGCUAACAUCUCUCCAGAAUCAAGUUAACCAGAUUUUAAGUAACUGGAGGGAAGAACGGUAUCAGGAUGACAUCAGAGCACGGCAGAUGAUGCAUGAGGCCUUGCAGCUCCGUUUAAACUUGGUAGGAGGGAUGUUUGACACAGUGCAGCGGAGCACCCAGUGGACCACUGACUGGGCCCUGCUGCUCCUUCAGAUAAUCACCUCUGGGACGGUUGACAUGCACACCAACAAUGAAUUAUUCACCACGGUUCUGGACAUGCUGGGGGUUUUAAUCAAUGGGACGUUAGCCUCUGACCUCUCGAGCGCCUCCCCUGGGGGCUCGGAAGAGAACAAACGCGCGUACAUGAACUUGGUGAAGAAACUGAAAGGUCUGCAGGUCUCUACGAAGCAGAAGGUGUCCCCAUGGGACUUGUUUGAGGGUCAGAAGAACCCAGCCCCUCUGUCCUGGGCCUGGUUCGGGACCGUCCGUGUAGACCGGAAGGUGGUCAAGUAUGAGGAACAGCAUCAUCUCCUGCUGUACCACACGCACCCCAUGCCAAAGCCCCGCAGCUACUUCCUUGAGCCUCUGCCCCUGCCUCCUGAGGAGGAAGAGGAAGAGCCCAUGUCCCCAGUGUCUCAGGAACCAGAACGGAAAUCAGCUGAAUCAUCAGAUCAGGGAAAAGCCACAGCCGAUGAGGAGAAGAAGACCAAGGGGAGGAAGCGCAAGACCAAGUCCAGCUCCCGGGCAGACGACUACCCGCAGGGCAGCAUAUACCGAGUGCCUCCUAAUUACUCCCCCAUUUCUUCCCAAAUGAUGCAUCAUCCACCGUCCACCUUGUGGGGUUACAACCUUGUUGGCCAGCCCCAGCAGCCUGGCUUUUUCCUUCAGAACCAAUCUCUCACUCCAGGCAGCUCCCGAGUGGACCCUGUGGGCUCCUUUGUCCCGACCAACACCAAGCAGGCCCUGUCCAACAUGCUGCAGCGUCGGUCAGGCGCCAUGCUGCAGCCGCCCUCGCUGCACGCCCUGUCGUCACAGCAGCAGCUGAUCCAGAUGAAGCUUCUGCAGCAGCAGCAGCAGCAGCAGCAGCAACGGCUCCUCAGGCAGGCCCAGGCCCGGCCCUUCCAGCAGACCAUGCCCCAGGGCUAUACAAUGUAUGGAACACAGAUGCCUUUGCAACAGUCGGCGCAGCAGCAGGCUGGCGGCAUGGUCCUGUCUCCCGGCUACAGUGCCAGGGCCUAUCCGGCCACGCAUUCCAGCCCUGUGCUGAUGGAGAGACUCCGACAGAUCCAGCAGCAGCCAGCCGGCUAUGUGCAGCAGCAGGCCUCGCCAUACCUGCAGCCUGUGGCCGGCUCUCAGAGACUGAACCAUCAGGCACUGCAGCAGAGCCCUCUGGUGGGUGGGGGCAUCGAUGCUGUGCUGACAGCUGCACAUCCCAGCCUCCCCUCCACGCCCCUGCCUCAGGACCCCAUGAGGCCCAGACAGCCGCAAGCUCGACAGCAGCAGAGACUUGUCCAGAUGCAGCAGCCCCAGCAGCCCUCACAGCCUCUGAGUCAGGACCUUGCACUGCAGGCCGUGCAGCCCCAGCAGCCUCUGUUCCCCAGGCAAGGCUUGCAGCAGACCCAGCAGCAGCAGCAGACGGCCGCCUUGGUGCGGCAGCUCCAGAAACAGCUGUCUAGUAACCAGCCACAGCAAGGAGUGACUCCCUAUGGACACCCUCCGCACUUCUGAAUGUGGAAGAGAAGACAUGCUUUUAUGUUUGCACUGAAAAAUAGAAAAGGAAAUUUAAUGAAUCAGUCAUCCUGAGAAAUGUCCCUUCUGUCUUUCAUUUCUUUGCUCUUUUCCAAUAUUUAUGCUAUAUUUCAUACAAAGGUAUUUAAACAAAAAGUGACAGAGAAGUUGUGGUUUCAUUUUGUCACAAUUGACUUUAAAGUAGACUCAAAACAUGUAUCAUGCAGACCUACCGCAGAGGAGUGUGUGAGCUGACCUCUGAAAUUGGUGCUUUUGUUUCUGAAUCUCAUUUACCAAGAGAAUGAAUUAUGGUGGGCUGAAAUAUCCCUGUAUUCAUUAAUGAUGAGAGGUUCUUUCAUUUUGCUUUUUCCAAAACUGUGGCAGACCAAACCACUGACUUGAAGGGUAUGUUGGAUCUUUCAGAGAAGUGACCCGAUCGCUCCGCACUUGCCUGGGAUGACGACUUUUAUCUGCACUGCUGUGAUUUGAAGUGUUUGCAAUUUCAUAAGCACUUUAUAAACUUUGUUCUUACUUAUGUAGGACCUUGCUUUUGUUGUGGUCAAAGGUGCUGAAACAGAUUGUUGCUUAGUACUUCUUCAAGUUUCCUGGAGGGCCACUCCGCGACACGUAGGCCCGUGAGGAGGAGCAGCUGCACUCAGAUUUUUCCAGUGGCAAGAGCGUAGACCAAAGUCUGCGUGGAGGUUCCAUAGUAACUCCAAAGGCCUGGAAAACACCCAGUGGAACCAUUCUGUUUAUUUGCUGCCCGUGUGGGCAAAAAUGACUGUCAAGUUUUAGUUCUCCAGAACAUUAUGUCAUUUGACAAAAAACCCUUGUGGCAGUCUGAGAUUCCACAGUACUCACACUUGACAUGGUUUCCAGAGGCUCUGGUCCCCCACCUGUCCAAAAGGGUCUGGUUUUCACAAAAUGUGUAUUUACUCUUUAUUUUGUAUGGUAAGUAUUUGCUAUUCUGAAUUUAAUAAUUAAUGUUGGUGUCAGUCUUGGUUGUGUAUUGCAUAUACUGUAUUUAUAAAUUGGUGCAAAAAGCACAAAGUAAAUUAUACAUCAAAUUUAUUAUAAAGAAAUAGUAACUAUUUUAACUUUGUUCAAGUAUGUGGUAAUUUGCUCCUAUUAGAGUAAAACCAUACAGUAAAUUAUUACCAGUUUGUGUAACUUGAGAGUAUUCCAUAUAAUAUUUUUUUAGAUUUAGAUGCAUAAAAUUUUGAAUGUGAAAAUUGCAGGGCAUUUUACAACCUGUGGGAUAUUUUCCCAAGUUCUGUUCAUUCAUUUUCUUCUUGCCUUAUGAUUUUACGUGUAAUGUGAUCAAGCACCCUGUGAACAGACUUGUCUACACUGAGCAAACCAUGUCGAGCUACUUAUUUUGAAUGUAGCUAGUACAACUUGAGACCACUUCUCUUGCAAAUCAUUGUGUAGAUGGUUUAUAUCCUCACUGCAGUUUGACCUCAGACCCGUGUCAGCUCACUUUUCUGUGCGUUAUCCAUGUACACUGUGAACUACUUCUCCAGUGCUCCUUCCUGUUCACUUAGGACUGGAAAAGACUUUGCCAAAACAUCACAGACCUUUCUUUUCCAUAAAGUAACAUUCUUCACAUUUCAGCUGGUUUUGUAUCGUGUUUGUUUUCCUCACAAGCAUCCCCCUUUAUGGCUUAUGAAGUUAUUUUCCUCCAGCAUACUCCACCAUUUGAUGCAUUAGACACCUCCAGACCAUAAAUGUUGUGCCUAGUAAGCAAGUCCUGACCCUUCCCGUUGGUUUCUUGUUACAGAUUGGUAGUUGGAAUUACCAUCUUCAGUUUGAAAGACUUCUUUUUGUAGCUGAAUAUUGUAAACAGCAGUAACACUGUCUGGAAGGAGUGUUGUAAUGGUAUAGUUUUGAUAUGCAUCUUACACUUUGCGUGAGCAAAUUUAUUACUCAUUUUGCACAGGAAAUCUGUGGGAUACACCUUUGUUGUGGUCAUUUGUUUUUGUUUUUUUAUUGCUUUAAGGUGAGGAAGAUAAGUCAUGGUAAGGCCCUAAAAUUCCUACACACUGUGGAAGAGUUAGAAAAAAACUAGAGCUGUUUUUCCACUGUGCAUUUGAAGGAGAACAACUGGAGUUUUUUUUAACUUAGUCAUCACAUUUCCUCUCAGUUAAUUUGCU